UUGUUUUUCAUCUUUGCUCCGAAUCAAUUGUUAGGUACAAAGGCAAAAACAUACCCAAAAGUUUUCAAUUUUCUUUAGUUUGGUGUUCAUGUUUGGACAAGAACUAAAAGAAAAAACAUAAACCCUAAACCCCAAAAACCCUGUCUUCCCCGGAUUGUCUACAGCCUGACAAAAAGCAUCAUCAAUGGCUGUAGACAAAAUCAAGGUUGAGGAAGAAGCUUGCACACUUCGUUUUUACAAAAUAGUUCUAAGCUGGGAUUAUCUUCGUCUCCUUCGAGAAUCUGACCAGAAAAACAAUAAAAAAGCUGGUGAUCUGGGUUUGAAAGAAGUGAAGCAUACUUAUAAAGAUGUUAAUGAGUAUAUUUCUAUAUUCGAACCUCUCUUGUUUGAAGAAGUUAAGGCUCAGAUUGUUCAGCAAAAGGACCAGGAAGAAGACAUAGAAUGGAAGACUGGCAUAAUUGUUGAAUGCAAUGAGGCUGACGGGUUUCACCUACCAGUGGUUUUUGGGGAGAAUUGGGAUUCAAUUCAACAAAAUGAUCUAUUGCUCCUCUCUAGGAAGAAGCUUGAAGAAAGUGAAGACCUCUCAACUAUAUACGCGUUUGGGUUGGUCGAGUAUAAGCAAUCAGGUAGCAAUGGAGGAAAGAUUGGACUUAGAAUGGAGUUAGGUGGAGAGGUUAAAGGAUCAAAUGCUGAUGAGGUCAAAUCUUGCCCAAGGCUGUCGCGUAUGCGCCCUCUUGUGAAAGAAUCACAGAAAACUUGGGUCAUUAAGAAAAUCUGCAGUUUGUCUACAAUUGUCCGAGAAUAUGUCGCUCUCCGUUCAGUUGGCUCUCUUCCAUUCAAAGAUUUAAUAUUGAAGGCAGCUGAAAGCCAACAAUCUUCUGAAGAUCGGGCCUGGGAUAUUUCUAGUUCCCUGAAGGAUUACAUAAAAAGCAAUCACAAUGCAUCCCAACUAGAAGCCAUAGAUGCUGGUCUGUCACGCAAACCAUUUGUCUUGAUACAGGGCCCACCAGGAACAGGAAAAACACAAACUAUCCUGGGGAUUCUUAGUGUCAUUUUGCACGCAAUUCCAGUUAGAAUACACUCCAAGGGUAGAUUAACAGAAAUAAAGCGUGGGCCUGAACUACCAUUUCAGGAAAAAUACAAUCACUGGACGAAGGCCUCACCUUGGUUAGGUGGUACUAAUCCUAGGGAUGCGAUUAUGCCUAAAAAUGGUGACGAUGGUUUUUUCCCGACCACUGGCAAUGAUUUGAAACCAGAGGUGGUUAAUUCUAGUCGCAAAUAUCGCGUGCGUGUUCUAGUCUGUGCCCCGUCAAACUCUGCAUUGGACGAGAUUGUUUUGCGUGUACUGAAAGGUAUUCAUGAUGAAAAUGAUCGUUUAUACACCCCUAAAAUUGUACGAAUUGGUCUCAACGUCCAUCACUCUGUUGCUGCCGUAUCUAUGGAUCAUCUUGUGGAACAAAAACUUGCUGGCGUGGAUUUCCAGACUGGUGAAAAACAGAAACAUGGAAGUGCUGGAAGGGAUAAAAAUGCCAUUCGUAAUUCAAUUUUAGAUGAAGCAGCAAUUGUAUUCUCUACACUCAGUUUCAGUGGUUCAUCUCUUUUCAGUAAACUGAAUCGCACUUUUGAUGUUGUUAUAAUUGAUGAAGCUGCCCAAGCGAUAGAAGCAGCAACUCUUGUUCCACUGGCUAAUGGAUGCAAGCAAGUAUUCCUGGUUGGUGAUCCUCUUCAACUUCCAGCCACUGUGAUUUCUCCUGUUGCCGAGAAAUUUAAGUACGGGAUGAGCUUGUUUAAGAGAUUUCAAGAAGCGGGGUAUCCCGUACAGAUGUUAAAGACCCAGUAUCGCAUGCAUCCAGAGAUAAGAAGCUUUCCUUCUAAAGAAUUCUACAAGGAGGCCUUGGAGGAUGGUCCUGCUGUUGAAAGCGAAACUAGACGUGCAUGGCACAUAUACAGCUGCUUCGGUCCUUUCUGUUUUUUUGAUUUACAUGAGGGAAAAGAGUCCCAGCCUUCAAAUAGUGGCUCUUGGGAAAAUGUUGAUGAGGCUGAGUUUGUUGUGCUUAUGUAUCACAAGUUAUUAGCUAGAUUUGUAGAGCUCAAGUCGAGCUCUCAAAUUGCUAUAAUAUCUCCCUAUAGAUCUCAAGUAAGCCUCUUCCGUGAUAAGUUCAAGGAUACCUUUGGUGAAGAUUCAAAGAAAUUUGUAGACAUCAACACUGUGGAUGGAUUCCAGGGAAGAGAAAAAGAUGUUGCUAUAUUUUCUUGUGUCAGGGCAAGCAAAGAUAAAGGCAUCGGAUUUGUUGCUGAUUCUCGGAGAAUGAAUGUCGGAAUUACCAGAGCAAGGUCUUCUGUUUGGGUGGUGGGUUCUGCUUCAACUUUGAGAAAAGACGAGCACUGGAAGAAUCUCAUCGAGAGUGCAGAAAAGAGGAAUGCUCUUUACAAGGUUUCGAAGCCGUAUGCUGAUUUUUUCAGUGACGCAAACAUUGCAUCUAUGGAGAUUAAGAAGACCGUGCCAGAACUGCAGGAAGUCCCUAAUGAUGAUAUUGGUUUCGACAUGGCUAUAGAUGUUAAUGUCGAUGAUGGACCAGCAGAUGUUCAAGAUUGGGGUGGCGGAGAUGCAGAAGGGUUCGAUGGAGCUGGAGACGAUGACUAACUUGGGAUCAAGAUUGGGGUGGUGGAGAUGCAGAAGGGUUCGGCGGAGCUGGAGACGAUGACUAACUUGGGUACAACAAUGUGUCCUAGUUCACUCUGUUACUGCUAUAGUAAAAACAUUUUGUAUAUAUUGAAAUCAACAAUGCUCAUGCAAAUUUAUCAACCCAAUUUUUACUAUUUUUUUCAGUUAUAUAAUAUGUAUAAAUUUCAAUCAAA